AUGGGCCUCAUCAACCCCGUCAAGGUCGAGGACCUCGACGCCCUCAUAAUCGGCGCUGGGUUCAGCGGUGUCUACCAGCUCAAGCGUCUCCGCGAAGAAGGCUACAAGGCCAAGCUCGUCGACAGCGGCUCCAGCUACGGUGGCAUCUGGCACUGGAACCGGUACCCGGGCGCUCGCGUCGACAGCCAUGCGCCCCAUUACCAGUUCUCGGAUGCCGAACUCUGGAACAACUGGCACUGGAAGCAGAGGUUCCCUGCUCACACUGAGUUGCGGGCUUACUUCGACUUUGUUGCGGAUAAGUGGGAUCUGACAAAGGAUACGUACUUUGAAACCUACAUCAGCUCCGCUUUCUGGGAUGAGUCGCAAGCUAGGUGGUUCAUCCAGGCCAGUGAUGGUCGUGUGUUCCGGGCGCAGUUCUUCUUGCCGAACACCGGGAUCGCUGCUAAGCGUUCUUUUCCCAGUUGGAAGGGAUUGAGUUCGUUCAAAGGCACCGUGAUCCAUUCUUCAUACUGGCCUCACGAAGAGCCCGACCUGGUAGGCAAGAAGGUGGCCAUGGUCGGAACCGGAUCGACUGGCGUGCAGAUAGCGCAGUCUCUCAGCACAGUCGCCGCCGAACUUGUUGUCUUCCAGCGCACGCCCGCCAUGGCAAUCCCAAUGAAGCAAGUCGACUACCAGGACGGCGAAUCCGCCAUGCCCAAAGACGCUUAUCCGGAGUUCUUCAAGUCCGUCGUCGACCGCUUCUUCGGCCUAAACUUCCAGUUCGUGCCCCGAAGCACAUUCGACGACGACGAUGCGAAGAGGCGGGCCACGUACGAGUCGCUCUGGCAGCAAGGGGACUUCGCCUUCUGGCUUGGGUGCUACAGCGACAUGCCGUUCAACCGGGCGGCAAACCAUGAAGCGUACAAGUUCUGGCGCGAGAAGAUUCGAGCUCGCAUUCACGACCCCAGGGUCCGGGACAUGCUGGCACCGGAGGUGCCUCCCCAUCCGUUCGGCUGCAAGCGGGUGCCACUGGAGAACGGCUACUACGAGAUCUUCAACAAGCCCAACGUGCAGCUCGUGGAUAUCAACCACACGCCCGUCGUCGAGGUCACGGCGCAGGGGCUGAAGACCACAGAGCAGACGUGGGACGUCGACGUCAUCGUCCUAGCCACCGGCUUCGACGCCGUCACCGGAGGCCUGACGAACAUCGACAUCCGCGGAGUUUCAGGCCGGAGCCUGAGGGAGAAAUGGCAGCAGCACCAAGGUCCUACGACGAACCUGGGCAUCUCAGUUGCCGGCUUCCCGAACAUGUUCUUCUCGUACGGCCCGCAAGCUCCCACGGCGUUCUGCAACGGUCCGACUUGUGCUGAGUUCCAGGGAGACUGGAUUGUGGGUGCUAUCAAACAUGUCCGCGACCGGGGCCUGAGGAGCAUUGUGGCGAGUGAGGAGAAUGAAAGGGCGUGGGGAAAGGAGACGAAUAAUAUAGCCAACGCGACGCUUCUGCCUCAGGCCAAGUCGUGGUACAUGGGCGACAAUAUCCCGGACAAGCCCAGGUCGUCGCUCAUGUAUUUUGGCGGCGUCCCAAGUUACUACCGGAAGCUCGAAGAGUGCGCUUCAAAUGGGUACGCGGGAUUCCAUACUCAGGGCGUGAGGUGCGAAGAGCCCGUGGCCCUGCGAACCCGGGUGCGCAGGGAGGUCGUUUAUCUGGCUAGUACCUUCGCUGUGGCAUUGGCGGCUUGGGAGAUCCGCUUCAACUGGUACACUGGGCUUGGGUCGCUUCCACUAUGA